AAAAAGCUACUGGGUGCGUUUUUUUUGCAGCAAAGUCGUAGGCAAGACAUCGCACACAAUUUAGACGCAUCCUCGUCAGGCACAGACGUGGAUGGAGACAACAGCGACCACCGACCGCACAGUGUAGAGAGAGGAGACAGCGGCUGCUUCGCAGGGAUGGCGGAGCCAAAUAAAACCCACGUUAUCCUCCUGGCCUGUGGCAGCUUCAACCCCAUCACCAAAGGGCACAUCCAGAUGUUCGAGAGGGCACGUGAUUAUCUGCACAAGACGGGACGGUACAUUGUGAUCGGCGGAAUAAUCUCACCAGUCCAUGAUUCCUACGGGAAGCAGGGUCUUGUCUCCAGCCGGCAUCGCCUCACCAUGUGUCAGUUGGCAGUGCAAUCCUCUGACUGGAUCAGGGUGGAUCCAUGGGAAUGCUAUCAGGACACCUGGCAAACUACCUGCAGUGUGCUGGAGCACCACAGGGACCUCAUGAAGAGAGUGACGGGCUGCAUUCUGUCUAACGUAAACUCUCCAGCCACGCCAGUGAUUGGGCAGCCGCAGAAUGGGAGACGUUCCAUCUACCAGAACACUUCAAUCACAAACAACAAACCCACCGCAGUUCGGUUCCUGGGGAAGGUGAGUGAGAGUCUAGGGAGGAUCUGCUGCGUCCGACCCCACAUCGAACGCUUCACAUUUGUUGAUGAGAAUGCAAAUCUGGGCACUGCCGUAAGGUACGAGGAGAUUGAGCUACGUAUCUUGUUGCUGUGUGGCAGUGACCUACUGGAAUCGUUCUGUAUCCCAGGCCUGUGGAACGAGGAAGAUAUGGAGGUGAUAGUGGGCGACUUUGGAAUCGUGGUGGUCCCACGUGAAAGGGUGGACACAGACCGCAUCAUGAACCACUCCUCGGUCCUCCGCAAGUACAAGGACAACACUAUUGUGAUAAAGGAUGAUACCAACCACCCCAUGUCUGUUGUGAGUUCUACCAAAAGCAGACUGGCUCUGCAGCACGGAGAUGGACACGUGGUGGAUUAUUUGAACCAGCCAGUUAUUGACUACAUCCUGCAGAAUCAGCUUUACAUCAAGACGUCUGGAUAAGACCCUCACCUCCCCUCUCCCCCCUGCCCUGCCCCGCCCUGCCCUUCCCCUUAUACACACCCACACUCACACAAGCCAGGCCGCCAAGAUGAGCUCCAGAUUCCUGCUCAGUAAAACUCUGCCACCGCUUUACCGCUUACGUGCUACAGGAGCUUCUAUAGUGUCUGUCCUUUCCUCUGUACGACAAGAG